AUGGUCCGGAAGGAGACGGCCAUGAGGCUGCCCGCGCAGCACCAGGGCCUGCAGGUCAAGAUCCCCAGCUUCUUCCGCUGCCCGAUCUCGCUCGACGUCAUGCGCUCGCCCGUCAGCCUCUGCACCGGCGUCACCUACGACCGCGCCUCCAUCCAGCGGUGGCUCGACUCCGGCAACGCCACGUGCCCGGCCACCAUGCUCCCACUCCGCUCCACCGACCUCGUCCCCAACCUCACCCUCCGCAGCCUCAUCGCGCACUGGGCCGCCUCCGCCGCCUCCUGCUCCCCCACCGCCGGAGGCUCCGACACUUCUUCCGCACGGACUUCUUCCCCCGCGAGCCUCGUCCGGCAGGUGGCUUCGUCCGGCGUCGACCCCUCCCCGGCGCUCCGCGAGCUGGCGGCCUAUCUCUCCGACGACGACGUCGACGACUUCGAAAAGAACACGCUUCUGGGCGCCGGCCGCGCCGCCGAGACCGUCUCAUCGGUUCUCCGGAGAAGACCCGAGGAGACCGGCGUCGAGGGCGUGGAGGCGGCCACGAGAGUGCUGGCCAAGAUUUUGGCCUCGGACAGCGUCGACGACGCGAACAAGAAGCGGGUGGCCACCGGCCUCGCCGCGGACGCGGCGGCCACGGCCGCGUCGCUGGCGCGCGUGAUGCGCCGCGGGAGCGGCGGCCUGGAGGCGAGGGUCGACGCGGCCAGGCUGGCGGAGCUGCUGCUCGCCACCAAUGCGGCCGACGAGGCGGCGAAGGCGGCGGUGGCCGAGUCGUCCGAGCUGCUGGCCGAGCUGGUACGGCUCGUGGGCACCGUCGACGAGAAGGGCGCCCUUGACAGGAACGCCGUGGACGCCGGCCUCUCCUGCCUGGCCACCAUCUGCGGCUGUGGGUCGGGGUCGCGCCGGGCCUGGGCGCGCGGCGAGAUGGUGCGCCAGGGCGCGGUCCCGGCCGCGGUGCGCGCCCUGCGCGCUGCCACGACGGAGCCCGGCGCGUCCGCGAAGGCGCUCCGCGUCCUCGAGUCCGUCGUGGGCUGCGCCGAGGGCCGCGCCGCGCUGUGCGGCGACGCGGAGGACGCCAUCCCCGCGGUGGUGGGCAGGAUGAUGAAGUCCGGGCGCGACGGCGCCGAGGCCGCCGUGGCCGUGCUCUGGGCGGUCUGCCACCGGUACCGCGACCGCCGCGCGGCGGACGCGGCCGCGGCGGCCGAGGGCGGGCUCACGAGGCUGCUGCUGCUGAUGCAGAGUGGGUGCUCGCCGGCGGCGAGGCAGAUGGCGCUGGAGCUGCUCAAGAUAUACAGGGUGAACGCCAAGAGCUGCCUCGCCGGCUACGACUCCAAGACCACCCACAUCAUGCCGUUCUGA